CGUCUUCCCCCGCACGCCGUCUCUCUUCAGACGGGAGCUUUUAAGCGAAACUUCAGCUCGCCUCUACUAACCACUGAGUCGCUGGGCGUCGUCAGGGAGACUCCUGAUGUGCAGGAGGUGGACCGCGCCACGGUGGACCCCGUGUACGAAGCGCUGCGCUACGGGACGUCGCUGGCUCAGAUGAGUCGCUGCAGCUUCGGCAGCAUCUCCGAGUCGCCCUGCCACGAGGCUGAGAAGUUCCCAGACAAGCUGGAGAAUCAGCCAAUCGCCGAAGAGGAAGCCAUUCCAGGAAUGCUCACCCCUCCCGAAAGCGAGAAGGCAGAUUCUGAAGAGCGAGUCAGCCUAAAGACUCCCAAGCGUGUGGAAGUCCACUCCAUGCACACCUACGUAGCUCUCUACAAGUUCCUGCCUCAGGAGAACAACGAUUUGGAACUACAGCCCGGCGAUCGUGUCAAAGUCACAGAUGACUCCAAUGAGGACUGGUGGAAGGGGAAAAGCCGCGGCAAGGUGGGAUAUUUCCCUGCCAACUUUGUGCAGCGAGUGCGUCCUGGCGAGCGAGUGUGGAAGGUCAUGGCUGGUUUCCACGGCAACCGAGACAAAGGCCAGAUGACAGUGAAAGAGGCCCAGAUCUGCGUGGGCAAGAACGAGGAGACGGACGGCUUCCUGCGGCUGAGCAGUGGCAAGAAGCGAGGCUUAGUGCCGGUGGACAUUUUGUUUGAAAUAUGACGUCGGCUGACAAUAAUAAUACUAGUACUAGUACUUGACUUGUUAUAAUUAGCAGAAAUUGACGGAGGAAUCCUCGGGAAUGCUUCCCUCCCAACCCCUCUCAAAACGCCCUCGCCGACGGCCAUAAAAUGAACAGCUGGCGUAGGGAAUAACAGCUUGUCUUGUUUUGUUUUCUUCAGGGCUACUUUUGAUGUAGCGCAAAAUGUGGGAAAUGUAGCAUCACGGGGGGCAAAAGGGAUGUCAGGCUACCUCACCGCUAACUGGGAAAGCUCGAUAGGGCUGCAGGGAGCCUACGGGGAGACUUUGUGUCACACAUUCAGUCCUGUAUUCAAUAUGUGUGCCUGAUAAUAAUAAUUUAAAAAAUGUAUAUUAGUUAGAAAAAGAUUGUGACACUUUCCCGUCAAAUCUCAGAUGCAGUGGAACCUCCAAAGUGGAAAGCGGAGCUUCUCUCCUCGUUUUGAAGGUAGUCAUUACCCCUAAGCUACAUGCUAUUUAUGACUUUGAGAUAGCUAUAUAUAAACAGUAAACUGCAGUAAUAUUUAUCAUUUUUUGCAGAGGACAAACAAUACAUGCCCAUGAGUAUUUUUAUAUUGUAUGUCCACACUGUUUGUGAUUAAAUAUCCUUAGCUUGAAUGGUUAACACACACAACAUGCUAUUCAUUAUGCGAUGGCAUUUUGCAGUAUUUCAUAGCAUAACAAAUGAACACACACAUCUUAAUUAAUCAGUUGUAGGGAAAAAAAAUAGCGCGGCUUUAUGUCUUAUGAGAUUUUGCACGCGAUGUCGUUUUGAUUCCAAUUUUUGCUCCAAAUUUAUUUGCAACCCUCGGGGCAUUCCACUUUUUGGAAGUUCCACUUUGCACCGCUCUCUAGUCAUUUCCGCGAUUGACACUAUCCCCGCGCAGAUGCACCUCUGGUAGUCUUGUCACGAUAAUUUCACCACUUCCAAUUUGCCUUAUCUGCUGUACUCAUACUGUAUGUAUGGUCACAUUAUUAUGUGACCGUUUCUUGUCAAGAUGGCAUCUCUCGGGAGCGCGACGUUAAAAAAAACAAAAAAAAAACAAUAAUGAAUGGCAUCAAAGCAAUAAAACAUGGCCAGCCUUCUUGUGACACGCUACUCUGAAUAGUAAAGCCAUGCAGAAAGCGACUAAUAAGGGCAUUGAUAUCACAACAAUAGCAGAGCAUCACUUACAGUUUUCAUUGGCAUGCCUACUGCAUCUUUGGCCAGUUUCUCCGUUGACACGUCUGACAAGUACUCAUUCAGAUUCCUCUUUGCAGCUUGCAAAGCAAAAUGUGGAAAAAGUAAAGCCCAGUGAACACUUUGCACUCUUUAUCUAUUUACUCGGCUAAGCCAGAACACUAUGCACAGCCCAUGUCGUCGCUCGCUUUGUUUCGUCUCCGCACACGUACAGUAACACACACUUGGGCUCAGGACCAUUUAUUGACAGGCCAUAUCACUUUUCGGCGUUGCCCAAUAAAGUGCGAUGAACCCUC